GCCUCCGGCACAUCACACAGAAAGAGAGAGAUUAGCUACCCCCCUCACGAGGCCAUAGCCAUGCAGGUAGCUAUCUAGCAAACGAAAAGACCAGACCAGACCAGACCAGACCAGCUCAGUGAGAACCUUUCCCAAGGCAAGGCAACGUGAUGCACGCAUGCACGCACAAGCAAGCAGCACGCAGCUCUCGCCAGGCACUCAAAACGCAUCAAAAAAGCAGACUUCUCUCCAUCUAUCCAACCCACCACAAAUCUCGCCACUCCCGCCAGCAGACACAGACACAAAUUCAAGCAAGCAAGCCAUGUCCAACACCCCAAGUGCCCAGCACAGCACAGCACAUGUCCACAUUCCCUCCAGCUACCUACUCUCCACGCCCAACCGCCCCAUCCACCCCCAGUGGGCCAAGAGGCGCUGGAGCUCUACGAGAGCCCGAGCAUCUCUCUGCUCUCCGUGCUCGCGGCGCCCCUUUCUACAGCCAGCCAGCCAGCCCGUCGAUCGACGAGCGCAAGGAGCCGCAGGACUACAAUACAAGACUAUCACGCAGCCCAACCCAACCCAACCUAGCCCAUGCAUAUCGACAACACCAUGAAGCAGCAUACCAUGUCCAGCGCAAUCCGUACAGUCCAAAUCAAAGACGCACUUCAUACAUGGGAUGCUGCGAUGCUCAACGCAUCAUCGCCAGCCCAGCCCAACUGCCUGACCGACGUACAGAUCACACGCAGCCCGGCCAUCCGAGGCACAGGCAAGCGCUGGGCUUGGAGAAAGAGUGGAGGGGCGGGGGGUGGGGAUUCUGGAUGUUGAAAUAGCUGUUGAAGUGCGCGAGGAUUAGAAGGUGGCCGCGACACGCUAGCAAAAGAGAUGCUGGGAGCUGGGGUAGAGGAGAAGCAGCUGGACGCCUGGCGGCGCUGAGGGCGUGCGGUGGCGCUGGGAGCGGGGAGGAAAGCGGAGCGAGAUAAGUGCGGAGAACGGGGUGAGUGAGUGAGUGAGUGGGUUUUGGUGGGAGGGAGGCGUGUGGGUAUGCGAUGCGUUGUGUGGCGUUGAACCUGUGGAGGUGGGAAGUAUGUGGGUGGUGAUGCAGGGAGAAGGGAAUCUAGGAUCGAUGAAGCAUCG